AUGCUUUCUUACGAUUCCUCGCCAAUGCCCAUCAAGGCUCCAACAAAACCGUCCACCAUGUCUUUGCCGCCCACUCCUCCGUCACCAAUGACGGCAGCACCCCCAUCUCUUAACUCGAACUCCCUCAAUGGCCUUAGAGUCCAGGAGCAACAACAACACAUUUGGCUGGUUACGGGCCCUGCUGGCUGUGGAAAGACGACCGUCGCUGAAUAUUUGGCCCAGUCAUUGGGUGUUCCCUAUAUCGAGGGUGACUCUUACCACCCUGCUGCCAAUAUUGAAAAGAUGGCAAAUGGUGUUCCUCUGACUGACGCCGACCGAUGGGACUGGCUUACGGCUCUACGAGAAGAGUCCAUCAACCAAUUAAAUGCCGGAUCGAAUGGUGUCGUCCUUACUUGCUCGGCCCUCAAGCGCAAGUACCGCGACGUUAUCCGAGUGGCUGGAUACUACGAUCGCCGCAUCCAAAUCCACUUCGUCUUUCUAGACGCCCCUGAGGAGCUUCUUCUCGCUCGUGUCACCCAGCGACAAAACCACUACAUGGGCGCCAACAUGGUUCACAGCCAAUUCGAUAUUCUUGAGCGCCCUUUGGCCGAUGAAAAGGAUGUUAUCACCAUCGAUGUCAGCCGACCCAUCGAGGAGGUGGAGCAAGAAGCCCUCAGCAAUGUCUUGGAGACUAUGGCCAAGUCGCAAGAAAAGCACUGA